GGUGACCCAAUGAAAACAAAAUGAAAGGCAUUAAGAAAAGUCCUACAGAAGAGUCCCUGUACCUGGAGUACUCUCACCAAACAGAGGGGUGCAUCUUUCCUCUCCAUACGUCUGUAACUCUGUUUUUAUUAUCCUACUGUGACUGCAAGGUCUUUAAUGUUUGCUUGGUCCUUACCGAAGAAAAUGCAGACGCUUCACUCCCCAGAGAGGCACUGUCCCAGGAUGUGGACAUACAGGUUAUUUCAAGGCAGGCGCUCCCACCGAUAGUCCAGAAUUGCUGUUUGCCUGCAGUGGUAGAACAACCAGACGUUUUCUGUAGAGCAGGACUUGCUGUUGUCCUCAGACACAUAAUCCAGAAAUCCUAUGAAGCUGAGCCCUCAAGAAAGGAGAUUUUGGAACUUCUGGGUUUUAAAAAGACUUGUUUGAAAGCCUGUGCUGAAGUUAGUCAGUGGACCAGGCUAUGUGAACUCACCAUCCCUUUGGCUGUUGAGAAUUUUCUCCAAAAGUCUUCUGACCAGCCCCCAACUAUUCCUGAAGAAAUACUACAGCUUGAGAGAAAACUCAGCGAGCCUGUCAGAGUACACAAUGAUGACAAACUCCGCAGACAGAAGCUGAAGCAACAGAAGACUGCUAAGGGGAAAGCAAAGAGCCAGACUGAUGAUGCACAGCAACCAUCCAAAGAGCUGGCUGGCUCAUCCAAGAGUCUAGAACUGAAGGUGGCAUUCUCAAAGCUCACAGUGCAGGAUCCAGCUGCUGCCAACAGGGAGCCUUCUCACAUCAGGAAAGCAAAAGCCUCUGACCUUCCGCCUCUGGAGCACGUGUUUGCAGAAGGACUGUACUUCACUUUGGCAGACAUUGUACUCUUGCCCUGUGUUCAUCAUUUUUUGGUAAUUCUCUGUAGGAAAUUUUCUGAGAAGCUGGAACAGUUUCCACUGCUAGCUUCUUGGUACCAGCGGAUUCAGGAAGUGCCAAAAGUCAAAACAGCAGCUUCUAAGUGUGGGAUCCACUUUCUGUAUUUACCAGAAUUGCUGAAUUCUGCAAGUAAUACGCACCUGAACUCCACGGAAGCGACAGCUGGAGAGGAACCAAACGAUCCUUCAUUUAUAGGAGGACCAAGACCAACUAUGACCAAGUUAAUGGAAAAAGGCAUUGAAGCGACGUUUUCUCCACACCCUUGUCCUUCUUGGACCCUUGACUGGAAAAACCUUCCUGCUGCUGUCAGCCCAAAGGAAGGCAAAAUGUCCACUGACCGAGCUAUGAGGAAGCAGCAACAGUUGAAUAACCUUGCUUAUGUGGUGCUAAAUCAAGCCAAACCUGGUGACAGAAUUGUGGAUUUCUGCAGUGGCGGGGGCCAUGUUGGAAUUGUUCUUGCACAUAUGCUGCCCUCUUGCCAGGUUAUAUUAAUAGAAAACAAGGAAUUAUCAUUAAUCCGUGCUAAGAAGAGGAGUGACGAACUAGGUUUGAACAACAUUUGGUUCAUUCAAGCAAAUAUGGAGUAUUUUACAGGAAUGUUUAACAUUGGGGUGGCGCUGCAUGCUUGCGGAGUGGCGACAGAUAUGGUGAUUGAGCACUGCAUGCAAACACGGGCUUCCUUCAUCACGUGCCCAUGCUGUUAUGGCUUCAUUCAGAACACAUCCAAGUUUAAUUUCCCCAAAAGUGAAAAAUUCAAGGAAACUUUAUCAUACAAGGAACACAUGAUUCUGUGCAGAUUUGCAGAUCAGACAGCUGUCCAGCUUCCACCCCAGAGAAGACUCAUAGGGAAGCAGUGCAUGUGCCUGGUGGAUAUGGACCGUGCCACCUCAGCAGAAGAACGUGGCUACUCUGUCCAAGUGAUAUCUAUGGAGCCAGAGAGCUGCUCUCCCAAGAACAACAUGAUUGUGGGCGUCCCCAUUUAGAAUGAAGCACUCACUCUUACGUUAGUCACUGGCUUCCUGAUGAAAGCCCAGGGCAUGCAGGGAGUUCUCGGUGUGCUACUGGAAGUGGCGUUGAGCAUCUCGAGCCUGUCCAAAGUUACAGGGA